AUGUCUGUGAUUCUUUGCACAGCGGGCUACGAUCACACAAUCAGAUUCUGGGAGGCCCUCUCCGGCAUCUGUUCGCGCACGAUCCAACACCCCGACUCUCAGGUCAAUCGUCUCUGCAUCUCCCCCGACAAGCGCUUCCUCGCCGCCGCAGGCCACCACACGGUCAAGCUCUACGACAUCAAGUCGACAAAUCCGAACCCGCUGUUGACAUUCGAGGGUCACACGGGCAACAUCACCGGCGUUGCCUUCCAUUGCGAGGGCAAGUGGAUGGUCACCAGCUCCGAGGACGGAACCGUCAAGAUUUGGGAGACGCGUAGCGGCCAGGUCCAGCGUAGCUACAACCACGGCUGUCCCGCCAACGAUGUCGUGAUCCACCCAAACCAGGGCGAGAUCAUUAGCUGCGACCGCCAGGGAAGCGUCCGUGUCUGGGAUCUGGCCGAGAACAACUGCUCCCACCAGCUGAUCCCCGAAGAGGACGUCUCCGUCUCGAGCGUCACGGUCGCCAGCGAUGGUUCUCUGCUUUGCGCUGCUAAUAAUGGAGGAAACGUUUUUGUGUGGCAGCUGAUACAAGCUUACGAUCGGACACAGCUCCUCCCCGUGACGCACUUCAACGCGCAUAAGGAGUACAUCACGCGCAUUCUUCUCUCGCCUGACGUCAAGAAGCUCGCGACCUGCAGUGCCGACCAUACCGCUCGCAUCUGGGAGGUGAAGGACCUCGAACCCGCCGCCGACCAGGAGCCGAAGCCGUUCCCGCUCGAGGCGACCCUCACGGGCCACCAGCGCUGGGUAUGGGACUGCGCAUUCAGUGCCGACUCGGCCUACUUGGUGACGGCCUGCUCCGAUCACUACGCCCGGCUAUGGGAACUCCACAGCCAGCAGAUCAUCCGCCAAUACAACGGUCACCACAGAGGCGCCGUCUGCGUCGCUCUGAACGACUACUCAGAAUCCGCUAGAUAA